UGAAAACUCUUCCCUUGGCACGAUAGCCAAGUUGAUUGAUUGUGCACGAUCAGACGUCAGUUCGAUCGUUCCACCCGAGUUUGAUCGAUGAUGGCAAUUUUGACAACGGCUAGAUUUGGAUCAAUGAUUGAUUGUCUCACAAUUCCAAAAACUUCGCGAUCCUAACCAACGCAACAAACCUUAAAACAAACUUAUCCUUCAGUACGAAGCAAUCAUGAAAAUCUCUGCUGCAACAACAGUUGCAGCUGCUGUCAAUGUUCUCUUGGUUGUUGGAACCAACGCUGAGCUUCUACGCCGUCGCACAAGCCAAGUCUGUUCUACCCAGCAAGCUUUGGAGUUCGAUUGUGAUAUUAUGGACGAUGUAGUGGGAGUGUAUGUGUGCCGUGCAGGGGCCACAACCUGUGUCAAUCCAAGUGCAACCCUUUCAACUGAUACUUGUGGUUGCUGCACCGGUGACAACCGUCUUGACUGCAUUGAUGACGGUGAUUUUGGAGGGAUGGGACAAGGUGCCAACGGAGAAUUGUCCACUGUCGCGAACGUAACAACAAUGAGAAAUACCGUUGCCACUGGAACUACCUUCACCGCUCCUGGAACAGUCAAUGAAGUAUCUCGUGGCACUGGCGGCGCUUGUGCUGCUUUCUUGCUAGAAUUUGAUUGCGAUAUUGCCGACGAUGUGGUUGGAGUAUUUGUGUGUCGUGGCGGUCAAACCACGUGUGUGCUGGCUGCCGACGCCAUGUCCUCGGAUACCUGCGGGUGCUGCCCCGGAGACUCCAGAGCGGGUUGCGAAGAAGACGGUGAUGCUUGGACUGGAGGAGAUGACGAUGCUGUGGAUGACGAUCCUCUCGAAAUUGAAGGAGUGAACGAUGAUGUCUAAACAUCUACUAGCUAUGUCUGAGACCAAUUCGCUUUCUGGUGAGCCCGAUUGUCGCAAACAAGUACAGUAGAACAAUGAAUACACACCAACGAGUGCUAGUUCUAAUAGAGAGUGCUGGAUUCCGAUGCU